AUGCCGCCCAAGCAGUCGAACCCCAAGGAUCCCUUGAUCAGCGACGACGAUGAGGUCCUGCAGGCCGUUAUCCUCUCUGACAGCUUCAACAAGCGAUUCAGGCCGUUGACAAGGCGCAAACCCCGAUGCCUGCUGCCGAUUUGCAACGCACCGCUACUGGAUUGGACACUUGAGAGCCUUGCGUUGGCUGGCGUGCAAGAGAUCUUUGUGAUCUGCCGCUCAUACGCUACACAAGUCAAAGCCGCGCUCAGUAAAUCAAAAUGGUCUGCACCCAACUCCGGGAUCAAAAUUACACCCAUAAUGACCGCGAAGGAAACGUUCUCCCCGGGAGAUGCCAUGCGCGAUAUAUACACCCGUGGCCUACUGACAAGCGAUUUCGUGCUGGUGUACGGCGAUCUAGUGAGUAAUAUCAGGAUAGACGACGUCGUGCGUGUGCACAAGGAGCGGCGGAAGGUCAACAAGGACGCCAUUAUGACUAUGGUCGUCAAAGAAGCGGGCAUUGGACACAGAACCAGGUCAAGAGGCGAAUCGUCCGUCUUCGUGCUGGAUCCAGAGACCUCGGAAUGCUUGCAUUACGAGCCUGUAAUGGGAUAUCCACGUAAAUCUGUGGCACGUAUUCCCCGCGAGGUUGUCGCAGCACACCCUCGAAUUGAGAUUAGGAACGAUCUCAUCGACUGUCAGAUUGACGUCUGCUCUGUUGAGGUCCCGUCAUUGUUUACAGACAACUUUGAUUAUGGCGAUAUUCGCCGAGACUUCGUCCACGGCAUCCUGACCUCCGAUCUGUUGAUGAAAAACAUACAUUGCUACAUUGCCAAGGAGGGAUACGCAGCGCGGGUGCAGGACACACGGAGUUAUGAUUCCGUUAGUAAAGACAUCCUCUCCCGAUGGACGUUUCCCAUGGUCCCAGACAAUAACCACCCUGCUGAUCACGCUUACGAACAUAUCCGCGGAAACAAAUAUAUUCCUAAAGACAAUAGCGUCGUCUUGGCACGAACGUGUAAAAUUGGGCCCAAAUCUCUCAUCGGGCCCGCUUCCAACUGUUCGGAGGACACUACGAUCACUUCCUCCGUUAUCGGUGCCAACUGCGUUAUCGGCCCACGGUCAACGAUCUCGAACGCGUAUAUAUUUGAUAACACGGUUAUUGGCGCGGAUUGUGUUAUUGACCGGAGCAUCGUUGGGUCGAACGUCCAGGUGAAGGAUGGAAGUCGUAUUGAACGGGGGUGCCUUGUGGGAGAUGGCGUUGUAGUGGGCCCUGGCGCGGUCCUGACGCCGUUCGAGAGGCUGAUGAAGAAAGAUGACGAAGGUGAAGAUGCGGCAGGCGGGGAUAAUGAAGAGGAGGAAGAGGAGGAAGACUCAGACGAAGAGGAUUUGGAAGAAUAUCAGAAAAAUGUCAAAAGUAUACUGGGUAAAGACUCUAACGCACUAGUUUGGCCAAGAGGUCCCCCAGAAGACGAGGACGAGGAGGACGAAGAGAACGUCGAGAAUUUCACCAACCAGCGGUUCAUGCGGUUAGGUGACGAUCUCUCCGACCUCGAUUCGGACAGUUCUGCAGAUUCUUCCACCGACAAUUCUGAUUCCGAUUCGGACUCUGACACUGAAUCCGUCACCUCUGUCGCCACAUCUACAUCAGCUUCGCAUGUACCUACGACGCCUACCAUCGCUGUGCCCAGUAGCGCCGCAGUGGCAGAGUAUGAAUUCCGUGUCGAAGCUAAGCAGUCCCUCGAACGUGCGUUCGCGGAAGGGCAUUCAGUCGACAACGCCGCAGUGGAGUUGAAGACUCUUCGUAUGGCAAGCAAUGUCCCGCUCAGUCGGGUACGAGAGGCCGUGGUCGGUGCUAUCGUGGAGCGUAUCAAGAUAGGCGGCGAAGUAGCAGAGCAGAGGAAGGAGAUCGCGACUGUAAUCAGCAGAUGGGGUGAACUGAUUAACAAAAUCGGAGGCGUGGACGCGGUGGAGACGAUUACCGCGCUACAGUUCCAUUGUGCUGGAUCAGAUAGGCUUCCUCUAUUCGGGCAAAUUCUCGCAGCUUUGUAUCAAGAAGACAUCGUGGAGGAGGAGGACAUCAGGGCUUGGCACGCACUCCCGGCUUCAAAGGGUGCGGAGGUAGUGCCGGGGCUAGAUGCCGAUAACAUUAAGAAGUGCUGGGCUGUCGGAGAACGCAUGAUACAACAAUUCGACGAACAGGAGAGCAGCGAGGAAGAGGACGGCGGAGAAACUGACGAAGGCGAGGGCACAACCGAAGGCGAAGGCACGACUGAAGAAGGCACAACCGAAGAUGAAAGCGAAGAAGAUAGUGAUUGA